GCCUUCAUCACCACUAAAACUCCCGUAAGCCAUCACUCAUUGUCCCCAGCAUUUCUUCUUCCGUUCACUCAAACCAAACUAAAAUCCCCCUGUGAAUUGACCUCGACCCCAUCAAAACUCAACCAGUUCCACGCUUCAAAAUGAUCAUCUUCACCGACGCUAUCACCGGCGAUGAGCUCUGCUCGGAUGCUUUCAACAUGCUGCCCAUGGGUGCUUUGGUCGAAGUUAACUGUGAAAACGUAACGAUCAAGGAAGGUGAAGUCGACAUUGGGGCCAAUGCUUCAGCAGAGGAACAAUCCGAAGCACUAGAGGAUGGAGCCAAGACCGUCAACAACUUGGUCCACACUUUCAGAUUACAAGCCACCUCGUUUGACAAAAAGUCUUACAUGACCUACCUGAAAGGUUACAUGAAGGCCGUCAAGACUCAUCUGGCUGAGACCAAUCCCGAGCGGGUGGAGGCUUUUGAGAAGGAGGCACAGGAGGCUGCCAAGAAGAUCAUUGCUAACUUCAAGGAUUACGAGUUUUACGUUGGUGAGAGCAUGAAUCCAGAAGGAAUGGUCGCUCUGUUGAAUUACCGAGAGGAUGGUAUCCAGGCUUAUUUCAGCUUCUGGUCAGACGGCCUCAAGUCAGUCAAGGUCUAA